AAGGUAUGGCCGUGUAGUAAUUUACCAAGUGACUAUAAUUGUUCUGGUUCGGUCAUUAAGUGAAACAAUAAUUGUAUGACAUGAAAGCUGCAAGUCCAUUCGUUGCGAACAAAAUGGAAACCAGAUACGUUGACAACGACGAGGACAAUUACUCGGAUGCCAGCUCAUCUCUGGCUCCCAAUGGCUCUGUAGUAUCGACAGUGCCUGACAGACACGGCUUCCUAGGUGGUGCCCAAUACCUGAACGAAUCGAAACACAUGAUAUCAGCUAACAAAACCAUAGAACGUGAACGAAAAUGGCUUAAUAUGACUGCCAAUUGGGAUAAACAAAUGAUUAGGAGUUUUAAAAAAGUACAAAACAGAUGUAGAAAAGGAAUUCCCCAGUCAAUCAGACCUAGAGCUUGGUUGUACUUGACUAAAGCAAAUAAAUUGUUGGACCAAAAGAAAAAUCUCUAUUUUAAGCUGUGUGACCAACCAGGAGAUCGUAAAUGGAUUGAAGACAUAAGAAAAGAUCUUCAUCGACAGUUCCCAUAUCAUGAGAUGUUUGUCGACCAAGAUGGAACAGGCCAAAAAGAGUUAUUCAAUGUUCUCAAAGCGUAUACAAUAUUAAAUCCUGUAAUUGGAUAUUGUCAAGCACAAGCUCCAAUUGCUGCAUUUCUUCUCAUGCACAUGCCAGCCGAACAAGCGUUUUGGUGUUUUGUAGCAAUUUGUGAUGAUUAACUUAGUGAUUACUACAGUCCAGGAAUGGAAACACUGAUUAGAGAUGGUAACAUACUUUUUGCAUUAUUGAAAGAACGUGAGCCAAAAAUUUAUAAACUUUUGAAAAAGCAAAGUAUUGAUCCAAUCAUGUAUAUGACUGAAUGGUUUUUAUGUGCUUUCACAAGAACAUUGCCAUGGCCCACCUUGUUGAGGUUUUGGGAUAUAUUUUUAUUUGACGGCGUUAAAACAUUUUUCAAAAUGGGUUUAAUAAUGAUCAAAAUAUCAUUGCCAGAAAAAUCAUAUUCUGAUCUCAAAAAACGUUUUCCUACUAUGUGUGAAACCUUAGAAGCUUUGCGGAAUCCACCAUUGCAUAUGCUUGAGGAAGAGAGAAUUAUUAAAAAGCUCAUACUAUUAGAAAUACCUGAAGACACGUUCAAAUAUUACCAUAUGCAACAAUCCUCAUUGAGACGAAAGACAAAAGAAACAAAAAAACUUCGAGAAACUGAUGUAUUUUGAACAUUUGCAAUAACUAUUUUACAAAAG